GACCCCACAGAAGAAAGAAAAUUAGUUGUAUCAGGCGGGACUAGAGAGAAAGAAAGAUGAGUGGUACCGGGCAUAAUGGAAGUGGUCCUUGUGGUGCCUGCAAGUUUCUCAGGCGAAAAUGCUUAAAGGGAUGCAUAUUUGCACCCUAUUUUGACCCGGAACAAGGUACAGCUCACUUUGCUGCAGUCCACAAAGUGUUCGGAGCUAGCAACGCUUCCAAGAUGCUGCUGAGAGUUCCGGCUCAUAAGCGUCUGGAUGCCGUGGUUACACUUUGUUAUGAGGCUUUGGCUAGGAUUAGAGACCCUGUCUAUGGCUGUGUUGGCCACUUAUUUACUCUUCAACAGCAGGUUGUGAAUCUGCAGGCGGAGUUGGCUUGUGCUCAAGCCCGACUUUCCACACUGCAGCGGCUACCUUCGAUGCUGCCUCCACCAGCUCAGGGUCCCUCGCCGGGCAAUUUCCAAUCUUGUACUGCCAAUGCAUCUUCAAUCCACAAUCUUGAACAUCCAUUGCCAUCGGAGCAAACUUCCAUGGAUAUGGAGGGCUUUUCCAACCCAGUAAAUGAUCAGGACUUGGGAGGUGGAGACGACCUCCAUGCAUUAGCUCAGGGUUUUGUUUCUAGAUACUUGCCUGAAGUCAAAUUCAAGCCUUGUACUUCCCCUUGAAAUUCUAUUAGACUUCCAACGUUUUUGUUGUUUUGGGGUUAAGUUUCAAGCAGUUUUUGUAUGUAAUUUAAAUGUAACCGGAAGGCAUUUCUGAACCUUAAAAAAACUGUUUUUGAAACU